AUGGGCUCAAUCUCUACAAACAAACCCCACGUCCCCAAACCCGGCGUCUGGUGUCCAGCAGUAACAUUCUUCGACCCAUCCACCGAUGAAAUAGAUUUCGCCUCCCAGUCCAAAUACUUCACCUACCUCUCAACUACCGGGCUAGCAGGCCUGGUCAUCCUCGGGACAAACUCCGAAGCCUUCCUGUUGACCCGCGAAGAGCGUUCCCGGGUCAUCUCGACAGCGCGUCAGGCUGUUGGCUCGGAUUUCCCGCUCAUGGCUGGCGUGGGCGCGCACUCGACGAAGCAGGUGCUAGAGCUUGUGCGGGACGCGAAGGAGGCGGGGGCGGAUUAUGCGCUUGUCCUGCCGCCGGCGUAUUUCGGGAAGGCGACGGAUAUGAACGUUGUCAAGAGAUUUUUCAGCGACGUGGCGAGGGAGUCUCCGUUGCCGGUUGUUGUGUAUAACUUCCCCGGGGUGUGUAAUGGGGUCGAUCUUGAUUCUGAGACGAUCACGGCUAUUGUGCAGGAGUCGAAGAAGAGUAGGCCGGAUGGAGUGUCGAAUGUCGUUGGUGUCAAGCUGACGUGUGCUUCUGUUGGGAAGAUUACCCGUCUUGCUGCUACGUUCCCCAAGGAGGAGUUUGCCGUUUAUGGUGGUCAGUCUGAUUUCCUCAUCGGUGGUCUCAGUGUAGGAUCCGCGGGCUGCAUCGCAGCGUUCGCAAACGCAUUCCCCAAGACUGCAUCGAGAGUCUAUGACCUGUACACGACCGGCAAAAUUGAUCAAGCAAUUGAACUUCAGCGAAAAGCAGCCUUGGCGGAAAGUCCGGUUAAGAGUGGGAUUGCGUCGACCAAGUAUGCGGCUGCGGUUUUCACGGCACCGUUGGCGGGGAUUGAGGGAGCGGAAAAGAAGUUGAAACCCAGAACACCAUACGGAGAGCCUGCUGAAGGAGUGAAGAAGUCAGUCAAGGAGGGAAUGGGGGGUUUGCUGGAGGUUGAGCAAAGCUUAUAG